AGCAGCAAGGUCAAAAAGAAAAAUGAAGAAAACAAGAACCAAUUGAAAGUGGGCAAAUAUCUACAGCCAAAAAGAGGCACCAAAAAUGGUGAUGGCUAUUUCCUUUUCCUGCUGCAUGCCUUCUCUAUCUUGCCCUUUUCUCAGACACCCCUUUAACAACAACAGACCUCUAAUUGUGGCUGCAAUGAGUGACGAUCCAGUUCGUGAAUGGAUCCUUUCAGAAGGAAAGGCAACACAGAUCAAAGGAAUCAGUCCAAUUGGUGGUGGGUGCAUAAAUCGUGCAACUCGUUAUGACACUGAUGCUGGUUCCUUUUUUGUUAAAACAAACAGGAGUAUUGGACCAUCAAUGUUUGAAGGAGAGGCAUUGGGCUUAAAUGCUAUGUACGAAACAGGGUCAAUUCGUGUACCAAAACCAUAUAAAGUUGGACCUCUGCCAACAGGCGGCUCUUAUAUCAUUAUGGAAUUUAUUGAGUUUGGUGCAUCUAGAGGCAAUCAGUCUGCAUUAGGUAGGAAGCUUGCUGAAAUGCAUAAAGCGGCAAAAUCUGAGAAGGGAUUUGGCUUUCACGUUGACAAUACUAUUGGCAGUACUCCGCAGAUAAACACAUGGAUGUCAGAUUGGGUCGGAUUUUUUGCGGAACACAGAUUGGGAUACCAGUUGAAGUUGGCUCGUGAACAGUAUGGAGAUCCAACCAUUUAUGAGAGAGGACAAAGAUUAGCAAAGAACCUGGGACCUUUAUUCAAAAAUGUUGUGAUAGAGCCAUGCUUGUUGCACGGAGACUUAUGGAGCGGGAAUAUCACAUAUGACAAGAAUGGUGAACCAGUGAUUCUUGACCCUGCAUGUUACUUAGAUGGACAUAAUGAGGCAGAAUUUGGAAUGUCAUGGUGUGCUGGAUUUGGAGGAGAUUUUUACAAGGCUUACUUUGAGGUGAUGCCCGAACAACCUGGUUUUGAUCAAAGGAGAGAUUUAUACAUGCUGUAUCACUACCUCAAUCACUAUAACUUGUUUGGAUCGGGUUAUCGGUCUUCUGCAAUGUCCAUAAUUGAUGACUAUCUACGGCUGCUCAAUGUCUAGAUGCUAGUUUUUUCAUUCACUUAAUUAUCUUGUACAUGUAAAAGCUUUGCCGUUCUCUAGCUGUGGCCAUUUUGAAGAGCCGUUUGUAUAUGUUGUAACUGUGCUACUCCAAAAUAUGUUCUUGUAUAAUCAAUUUGAAGCUCCUAGCAAUGGCAUUA